AUGGGGGAGAAGAAGGUCGAGCCACAGGACUUCCUCAAGAACUUCCAGGAGUACCUGAGCCAGCAGACCCACCAGGUGAACGCACUGGCCUGGGACCUGGCCGGGCAGGGAGGCCCCAGACUCCCUGGGGAUGCUCUGGACGGGAACGUGGUGCUGAUGCUGGACGACUUGGGAAGGACGCUGGACGGCAAGCUGCAGUGCCCGUACUGCGGCUAUGCCAGCCAGAGGACGGAGCGGCUGCUGGAACAUACGAGAAUCCACACGGGCGAGAAGCCUCACAGGUGUCACCUGUGCCCCUUCGCCUCUGCCUACGAGCGCUACCUAGAAGCCCACUUGCGUUCCCAUACCGGGGAGAAGCCCUACAAAUGUGAAUGGUGUGCCUACCGCUGCAACUACAGAAGCAACCUGACCCAUCAUCAAAGGCGCAGGCAUAAUCUGUCACCUCUGACCGGGCCCAGGGCCUCCCUAGGCAGCGUGAGAAUGUGCAGAGGCCUGCAGAGUAAAAGCAACGCAAAGGAUGGCAGACGAGGGGUGUUCAUCUCCUUGAGUCAGCCUUCUGUGGUUGUUCAGAAGCCAGAUUGCCUGAGUGAGCUUACCUACAAGAUCCCAAACGUCCAGAGCGACUUCUAUGAUGGUGUGGAUAAAACCUCAGCGUGUGGACUGCAGAGGGAUCCCCAAGAACCCUUGCUCGUGGAUGACCCUUUGAACCAGAUGUCCUCUCUAGCGGGACACCUGUCCAGCUUGCCACCUGAAAACCAAAACCCUGCCCCAGCUGAUGUAGACUCCAGCCCAGAAGAAAAUCUUUACAUGAUCCAACAGACUUCCAUGCAAGGGAGUGAUCCUCAGAGCUCCCCACUAGUCCUCCAGCCUCCUCCACCAUCAUUCAGUCAGUGGGACUGCAGUCCAUUUGCAGGGCCCAGCAGCCAGCCAAGUGGCCACACCAGCACCUCCAUCCUUGGAAACAGCCAGCCAAACACUCCGGCCCCAGCCUUGCUGGUGGGGGACCCUCAGCUGCUUUACCACUGCCAGCAUUGUGACACAUACUUUGCAGACAAUGUCCUUUACACUAUUCACAUGGGAUGCCAUGGGUAUGACAUCCCUUUCCAGUGUAACAUAUGUGGGUACAACUGUAAAAACAAGUAUGAUUUUGCCUGUCAUUUUGCAAGAGGCCAACAUAACUAGAACCAA